AGGGCUGCAUCUCACAAGAGCUGACACUCAGACUUUUUUGCUUACAUGCAAGGUCUGCUCAGUAAUUUCUGAAGGAGACAAACCUAAACGCAGUCUGCAAAACCCUGCCGAACUGACAGCAUCAGAGGGAAAUUUCAUCCUCUAGGAGUCUGCUCUUCUUCAUUUGUUCCUGGGGACACCUGCAAGGAUUGGUGUGGAGACAACUUUCCAGGUUAAAGUAUCUUCCACAAUGUUCCCAUUGCAAGGUGCCCAGAUGCUGCAGACACUGGAGAAAGCCCUGAGAAAGAGCCUUCCUGAAUCUUUAAAGGUUUAUGGGACUGUCUUCCACAUAAACCAGGGAAAUCCAUUCAAGCUGAAGGCCCUGGUGGACAAGUGGCCUGAUUUUACAACAGUGGUUAUCCGCCCUCAGGAGGAGGAGAUGAUAGAUGAUUUUGAUCAUUACACCAAUACUUACCAAAUCUACUCCAAGGACCUCAAGAACUGUCAGGAAUUCCUUGGCUCACCAGAAGUCAUCAACUGGAAACAGCAUUUGCAGAUCCAAAGUUCACAGCCCAGCCUGAAUGAAGUGAUAGAAAAUCUUGCAGCCUCUCAAUCUGUCCAAGUCAAGCAAACACAGUGCUUUCUCUAUAUGAUGGCUAAAGCAGUAAAGAAACUGGUUCCUUCCCUGCUGGACAUAAAGAAGUUAUCACCCAGCGGUGGCAAACCCAAGGCUAUCAACCAAGAGAUGUUUAAAUUCUCCUCCCUGGAUGUUACCCACGCUCCCUUGGUGAAUAAAUUCUGGCAUUUCGGUGGCAAUGAGAGGAGCCAGAGAUUCAUCGAGCGCUGCAUCCGGACCUUCCCCACCUUCUGCCUGCUGGGGCCCCAGGGGACCCCUGUGUCCUGGGACCUGAUGGACCAGACAGGCGAGAUGCGGAUGGCGGGGACCGUGCCUGAGUACCGGGACCAAGGCCUUAUCUCUCACAUCAUCUAUUCCCAGACCCAGGCUCUAGACAAACUCGGCUUCCCCCUGUAUUCUCACACAGACAAGAAUAACAAAAUUAUGCAGAAGAUGUGUUACAGGCUGCAUUACGUCCCCAUGCCCUGUGACUGGAACCAGUGGUACUGUGUGCCUCUGUAAAGCAGCCCUGAACAUAAGACCAUGUCAGAUGGGCCUGGGCCUGGGUGGACAGAGGGAAAUAAGAAAUUGUAAAUGUAACCAUCACUAAAGGAAUGCCACUAUUUGGGCUCUGGGGAAGCAUCAUGAUUGGUCAACACAACCACCCUGGUCCCUGCACACAAAUUGCAGGUGGGCCUCUUUAGAUUUAUCAGUAUGAAACAGCCCCAGGUAUUCCCGAUGUGGCCCCUACAUAACUGAGCCCCCCACACACACUUCUGGGAUCACU